UGGGUCCUAAUGCAUCGUGCAUAGCGCGUCGUUCAUUUCUUUUAUUUCGCUGUCUUAAGUAUUGAAUUCAUAGCAAUAAUUGUCAUUAGAAAAGCAGAGCGGUGUGGCGUUACAGCAUCGCACGGUGGCGCUGUAGAGGUUCCACAUCCCAGACGGACGGUUUUUCCGCAUUGCUGUUGCGUCAAACGCUGUCAACAUGGCGUCGGCCCUCGGUCGCCUAGCCAGGCUGUCGGCCCUCAGAAACGUCCACGGCUCCCAGCUGGCCUCCUCUAUCGGCCCGGAGAGGACCGUGACACCGGCCCGGACAGCCGUGUGCACUUCUUCCGGCGCCAUUCUGCCCAAACCCAAGAAGACCCCCUUUGGCCUUAUCCGGAUUGCUCUGGUAGUGGUGCCCUUCUUGUAUGUGGGGACUCAGAUCAGCAAGAACUUUGCCGCGCUGCUGGAGGAGCACGACAUCUUCGUCCCCGAGGAUGACGACGAUGACGACUGAGAGGCGUGUCAGGCCUCCUGGUUAUCAGGUCAUCUUGUUUUGUCACUACCACUGCGUUAAGUCUAUGAGCCCCUGAGCACAUAAAAGCCUUCCUGGUGUUCCUACUCUGCUGUGUUUCUGAGUUUGUACUGGACUGUACUGGAUUCAGGGUUUCUGUCACAUUGUACUGUAUUUGCAUGCACUAAUAAAGUCUUAAUAAAGGGACUAACAAUUGUAAA